AUGUCAGAGGAGGAGGAGGAGAGGGGGAGCUACGCCCAGGCCUUGCAGCAGCUGGGCGGGUUCCCGUCCCCGACGCCCCACAGACCUCUGGGUCGGGCGCAGUCGUCCCCCGCCGCCGUCAAGCACCUCUUCACCACCGGCCUGGUGUAUGACAGCCUGAUGCUGAAGCAUCAGUGUGUGUGUGGCAAUGCUCACAUCCACCCAGAGCACGCGGGGAGGGUUCAGAGCAUCUGGUCCCGACUGCAGGAGACGGGCCUACUGGGCCGCUGUGAGAGGGUCCGGGGCCGUAAAGCGUCUCUGGAUGAGAUCCAGUCCGUCCACUCAGAGUUCCACACUCUGCUGUAUGGAACCAGUCCGCUGAACCGACACAAGCUGGACCACAAGAAGCUGCUGGGUCCCGUCAGCCAGAAGAUGUAUGCUGUGCUCCCCUGUGGAGGAAUCGGGGUGGACAGUGACACCGUGUGGAACGAGAUGCACUCGGCGGCGGCGGUGCGCAUGGCGGUCGGCUCCGUCAUCGAGCUGGCCUUCAGGGUGGCGUCAGGGGAGCUGAAGAACGGCUUCGCUGUGGUGCGUCCGCCGGGCCACCACGCCGAGGAGUCCACCGCCAUGGGUUUUUGUUUCUUUAAUUCAGUAGCCAUCACCGCCAAGCUGCUGCAACAGAAGCUGGGCGUGGCCAAGAUCCUGGUUGUGGACUGGGACAUUCACCAUGGCAACGGCACCCAGCAGGCCUUCUACAGCGACCCCAACGUCCUCUACAUCUCCCUCCAUCGCUACGACGACGGGAACUUCUUCCCUGGCAGCGGAGCUCCUGAGGAGGUGGGGUCCGGCGCCGGCGUUGGCUUCAAUGUGAACAUCGCGUGGACCGGCGGAGUGGAGCCCCCUAUGGGCGACGUGGAGUACCUCACCGCCUUCAGGAGCGUCGUGAUGCCCAUCGCUCAGCACUUCAGUCCAGACGUGGUCCUGGUGUCCUCGGGCUUCGACGCCGUGGAGGGUCACCUGUCUCCUCUGGGAGGAUACAACGUGUCCGCCAAGUGUUUUGGUCAGCUAACGCAGCUGCUGAUGGGUCUGGCGGGCGGGCGCAUCGUCAUGGCGCUGGAGGGAGGUCACGACCUCACGGCCAUCUGUGACGCGUCGGAGGCCUGCGUGGCGGCGCUGCUGGGCGACCCGGGUGCCUCUGUGUUCCAGUGGCCUCAGGAGACGCCCUGUCCCAAAGCCUGGGCCUCACUGGAGAGGGUGAUCGAGAUCCAGAACUCUCACUGGUCGUGUCUCCAGAGCUCGUCUCAGCCCAGCGGCCCCCGGGGGCCUCGGGGGCCUCGGGGCCAGUCGGAGGAGGCCGAGGCGGUCAGCGCCAUGGCGUCGCUCAGCGUGGACGUGGGUCAGCCCGGCUCGGAUCCGGACCGCUCAGAACCCAGCAGGUCCACAGAGGAGCCGAUGGAGGAGGAGCCUGUGUUGUAGGAGGAGGAGCUUCAAGGAGAAUCACACACAACUACAAAUCCACCUCCUU